AUGGUCAAGCUCGAAGAUUUCGCCGUUGAGCAGUGGAUGGACAAGUAUGAAACCACGGCCAAGUUCAACACUGCGGAAACCUGCUGUGCCUCAGUCUCGGUCGACGACCUCCGCGCUCUGUCCGAGGACAAGGAAACAGACCCAUUGGGCAAGCUCCAAUCCACCAAGCUCACCUACGGCGCCAUCCGGGGCUCGGAUCAAUUACGAGACACACUCUCCAAUCUCUACUCGGCCAAAACAACAGCACGUUUACCCAAAGAUAAUAUUUUGAUCACGGCGGGCGCGAUACAGGCCAACUUUCUCGUUCUGUACAGCCUGCUGGGCCCGGGAGAUCAUGUCAUCUGUCACUACCCGACAUACCAGCAACUCUAUUCAGUGCCUGCGUCGCUCGGUGCUGAAGUCAGUCUAUGGAAGUCCAAGGAGGCCGAUGGGUGGCAGCUCGAUCUCGAGGAGCUGAAAGCGAUGAUCAAGCCCAAUACCAAAAUGAUCAUUAUCAACAACCCCCAGAACCCAACCGGAGCCAUUAUUCCUCAUGAUACUCUGAAAGGUCUAGUCAAUAUCGCACGCGAAUCCUCCAUCACCAUCUUCUCCGAUGAGGCAUACAGCCUUGCAGGGCUCCGAGUGGGAUGGAUUGCGUCACGGAGCAGCUCCCUGAUUGAGAAAUGUGCCAAUUCCCGUGAUUAUACCGCGAUCUCAGUCGGACAGAUCGGCGAUGCGGUUGCCAGCUUUGCCCUCGCCCCGGAAUGCAUCCACAACCUCCUCAGACGUAACAUCGAACUUGCCCGGACUAAUCUCGCCAUCCUGGAGAAGUUCAUCGACUCCCACCGAUGGGCGUGCGACUGGAUCAAGCCCAAGGCGGGAACAACCGCUUUUGUCCGCUUCACGAAGAUGGGGAAGCCUAUCAAUGAUGUCGCCUUCUGUGAGACUCUACAAGAAAAGAGCGGCGUGAUGUUUGUGCCGGGUAGUCUCUGCUUCGGUGGUGGCGAGGACUUUCAGGGUUAUGUUCGCAUUGGAUACGCGUGUGAGACGGAGGUACUCGAGAAGGGGUUGGAGGCGCUUCGAAUCUUCAUGGAGGAUGAAUAUGAGAAUGUACCAUCGAUCAAGAAGGUGAAGUCAGCGCAAUAG